AUGGGUCUAGCUUCACGAGUUCUACUCAAGAUCAAGAGACGUCGUAAGAGACCCACCACGCCCCAAAGUUUCUCGCAACUUGGGUUUAGGGUCGUUGAAAUGAAGUCAGAUGGGCACUGCCUCUUCAGGGCUAUGUCGCACCAGAUGUACAGGCAUCAGCGUGGGCACCUAUCCUACCGAAAGGAGAUUGUGCACCAUAUUGAGGAGUUCUUCGAGCCCUUUGUCAUUACCCGCAAUGCUCUUGACCAGAUCACCGAAACCUUUGAGCAGUGCUGUAAAAGGAUGAAGAAAGAACCCAUCUAUUGGGGAGGAGAGCCGGAGCUGGUAGCAGCAUCUCGUAUCUUGCACCGCAUCAUUCGAGUCUAUAAUAAUUCGAGAAGUUGGAACACACAAGUGUUAGGUGUCUCUGUUGAUAGUGUGUUCUCCCACCUUGCGUGGGUUCAAACAGACAGAAAAUCUGGAGGACUUGGUGAUCUCAACUACCCCCUUGUAUCAGAUGUCACUAAAUCAAUCUCAAAAUCUUUUGGAGUGCUCAUCCCUGACCAGGGAAUAGCGUUGAGAGGGCUUUUCAUAAUAGACAAGGAAGGAGUGAUCCAACAUUCAACCAUCAACAAUCUUGGUAUUGGCCGAAGUGUUGAUGAGACAAUGAGAACCCUUCAGGCAUUACAGUACAUCCAGGAGAACCCUGAUGAAGUCUGCCCUGCAGGAUGGAAACCAGGGGAGAAGUCAAUGAAACCUGACCCCAAGCUCAGCAAAGAGUAUUUCUCAGCUAUUUAGAAAUAUCUACAAACCCUUUGUUAUAUGUGAGCUGAGUGUCCUUUUUUUCUAAAGUGC